UCAUUUGCAUGUGCCCAAAAUCGUUCCCCACAGGUUCACUUCACCAUAAUAAGCGCUUCUCAGCGCGCUCCUUUUCUGGUAUUCAAAUCUAUACUUCACAUCUCCAGAGUAGAGAGUUGACGUCUUUUUCAGUUUGAAUUUCUGGGUUUUGCUCGGAGAGGAUCGGAAGUUAGAAUCUUGGAUUGAAUUGACAGAUCUUUUUCAGUAUUUCUUGAGGAUUGAUGGAUGGUGAGAGUUGGGCUCAGGGUGAAUCUUUAACUGAGCAUAGAUCUGAACCAAAGAAAAGGGGCAUCCUGGAAGUUGAAGAAACAUCUGACAGUUCUCACAAAAGAGUGAAAAUGCGUGACCUUGAAUCAGUUUUCCUCUCUGAAGCUCAAGCAGGACGAGGUGUAAGCAACACAGUGCAACCAGAUGCCGACUCUGAUUCAAGAACACUUGAUCUUAAUGAAAAUGUUGGUUCUGUUAACUGUACGGUUGGAGAUGAUGCUCCAGCAUGUGAAUGUGACAAACUCCGAACCUCUGGGAAGGAAGAGGUUGAACGUGAUGAUGGUGCUACAAAGGGCAGAAGGUUUGAUUUAGAUCUAAAUGCUGAAGAUAUUUCGAGUUCAAUCAAUGACCCCUUCUAUCCCUAUAAAAAUUAUGAACAUUUGAAGUCGAGGGAUGAUUCGGAGUGUGGAAGUUCGGUAGGUCCAUUGGAUGAAAGAGAUUCAAUGAGAGCUUGGAAAGGGUUGAAACAAAAUAAUUAUAUGUCUGCUCUUCAUGGAGCUGUGGCGAUGCCAGUACCAAAGCCACGUGGGAGGAAGAAAUUCAAUAAUGAUAUGAUGAAGAAGAAGAUAGAACUUGCAAAGAAAGAACAGGUUGAUAGGUUUGCGAGGGUUGCUGCUCCAAGUGGUUUGCUUAAUGGGCUGAAUCCUGGAAUCAUUAACCAUGUAAGAAACAGCAAACAGGUUCACUCUAUUAUAGAAGCACUAGUGAGGUCAGAAAGAAAUGAAAACCGACUUUCUGGAAGCAAGAAAUGUAAUCAAAUCAAGAGUGGUCUGCAAGAACUCACUGCAAGGAAGGAAUUCGGGGAUGUGCAUCAUUCGGGAACCAAUACAUCUGGAUUCAAUCAUGGGGAUACUUUAAUAGGAAGAAGGCACAUGAGUGAUAAUGCUUUGUUUUCUAAGUCAGUUUAUCCAAAUACUGAGGUCCCGAGAGGGAAUGGCGGUUCAUGUACAGGGCAGACAAGGACUUUUUCAUGGAGGCCUUCAGAAUGCAACAGAGAAAAUGAGGACGAUAAACUUGCUCUAAAGCUCUCGUCAUCUGCAAAAGUUGCAACAGGGCAUGCUAGCUGUUUGUCGAAUGAGGAAUCAGCUGACCUUAGCAGUGUUACUUCACUUUCUGUUAAAGCUGCCAAUGUAGCUUCCCAGUGGUUGGAACUUCUGAAUCAAGACAUAAGAGGACGCCUUGCAGCACUAAAACGGAGUAAGAAAAGAGUUCGGGCUGUAAUUACCACAGAAUUACCCCUCCUAAUGUCAAGAGAAUUUUCAUCUAACCUAGACAAAGAAGCAUACACGAAAAAAGGUUCUACCUUUUGCCAUCCCGACCAAGCAACUGCUGAUGCACAUUCUGUUCGAUGGAGCACUCUCUUUGCACAGAUGGAUAAAGCACUGUCUGACGAGGAAAGCCAUCUGGAAAGUUGGCUGAACCAAGUGAAAGAAAUGCAGCUGCAUUGUGAAAAGGGCCUGUAUAAGAAUUCGUUGUCUCAUGCUCCACUGCAGACAGGUCCAACAGGAGACGACAACAGAUCAGGAGAAGCCGAUAACUCGGAGAACGAUUUAGCCAUUCGGUCCGCUGCUGCUUCGAUAUAUUCAACUUGCAACUUCUUGUUGUCAAUGGAAAAUCUACCAUGUUGCUGAUCUUAUCCCAAUAGCCACUGUUUCUUGACUGUGAGUGAGAUUGAUAUUCGAUCCUCGUCGAGUUCUUGUAGCAUACGGGUACUGUUUCUUUAAGUUAUGGCCUAAGUUGUGACUAGGUAAUCUCUUCAACAGAAUCUUUUUUCCAAGUAACUUUCGAAUUUUAUUACAGUUUAACGUUAGAAGUUGAAACAAUUUAACCAUUUCCUGAGAACAGUGUACUUUUGUUGUGUACUAUCUAAUGAGAAUCAACAAUUGAAUUC